AUCAACUUGCAUCCAUUCCAACCACCUCAUCAAAUCUACCUCCACGCUCUCCACCGCAUCCACCGCAUCCACCAACUCCACUUCAAUCUACUUUCACUCCAACACCAUCAAUCGACUCCGUGCCGUGCCGAUCCAGUCGAUUGUUUGGACCUGCCAGCCAGAAACCCGCCCGCACAUCUCCCCCAAUGGAGGUCUCUGUCCUCAGGCCCAGCUCCCACCCGCUCUCCGCCGACCCGCCUGUCCUCGGCCUCGACCAGCGCAAAGACCCUGCCCUCCCGCCGUCCAUCCUCACCUCCAUGAUCGCCGACGUCUUUGGGGCCGCUCUUCAGAACAACCCACCUUCGCCCUCGCCCAGCGUCGACCCGCCGUUGCCCGACCCGGAUCCGGCUCGCCAUGCCUUGCUUGGCCCGGCGUCUCGGCCCUCGUCGCCGCCGUGCGCGCCGCUGCUCGAUACCGCCCCGCUGUCGCCCGCAUCGGCAUCGUCGGCAAGCGACACCCCCAUCGCCCGGACCGAUAUGCCUCCCUUGCCCGUCGCCGUCUUCGACUCGAUCUCCUCGGACCUGCUUCGACCCGAUCACCCUCCAUGGGGCCCUGCCUCGUCUGAUCAGCCCCUUUCUCCUUCCGACUUGUCGCUGGGCCGUCUGUCGCUGGAUCCGCCGUCGUUUGAUCAGCCGCCAUCGUCCACGCGCCAUCCGGCGUCGUCCUCGAGCGCUGUAUACACGGCCCAGUCGCCCUCCGUCUCCACAUCGACCCACAAGCCGUCUCCAUCUCCAUCUCCAUCUCCAUCUCCAUCUCCAUCUCUGGCUGCUGGACGCUCUGCCGCACUUCGAUCCGCCGCCAUCCAUCCCCUCCCGCUCGACCUGACCUCUCUCCAACCCGUCUCGUCCGGCCUCAUCUCGCCAGGAUUCUCGCCUUCGCCCCAGUCCGGCGGCAGCUCGUCCUUCACUCCAACUUACUCUAGGACUCCUACCGCUUCCUCGGCCUUUGCCUCCUCAACCACCUUUGCCAAUCCGCCGACUCUCUCCAGCUCCUCCGUCUUUGCCAACUCGCCUGCCCUUACCGCCACCUCGACCUUUGCCAACUCCUGUGUCCUCCCCACCGAGCUCAACACUCCCACUGAUGCCUCCCGCCCUGCGCCAUCCGCGUCCUUUGACAAUGUCCUCUUCCAGCCUUUGCGGCUCUCACCGCUCUCCAGCACCGGCUCACCCUCCAACUUUGCCUCGAAUCUGCACGACCUGGAGUCGAUCGCGGACUCGGAGAGCGCAGCCCUUCCGCUGUCCUAUGCUGCCAACCACGCUGGCUCCUCUCUCGAGCGCUACGAUUCGUUCGACCACACCCCGCCGAGCUCGGCCCUCCCCCCCACCACCAGCCUCUUCAGCCCAGACUUUGCCUUCAAGUGGGACAACUACUCGAUCGAUGACGACCUGGUCUCCAUCAACCCGAGCCAGGCCGCUGCCUUCGAUACCAACAACUACGAGGCCGACUUUGUCCGCCACAUGAAUGGCAUCUCGCAGGCCAUCACCACUCCACUCGACGAAACCGACGACGAGGCUGACGACAUCCUUGGCGCCUCCGACAUCAUCGCCCAGUACAACCGCGGUUGGGACGACGACGACGGUGCCGUCUCCUUCAAGCUGCAGACCCACGACACUUCGUCGCUGGUCUCUGUGCCGCCCAGCCAGGCCGACACCGAUGUCGGCGCCGAGGCCCGCAUCAGCCUCCUCCACGAUCCGACCGACGAGCCUGCCGCCUCCACCACCGCUGCCGCCCUCGACAAUAUCCAAGCGAUGGAUGAGAUCUGGAACCAGAGCCGCAACCGCGACAGCCUCGAUGAAAAUCCCUUCUUUGCCGAAACUCCGACCCAGCUGUUUAUGCCAAAGCCCUCCGUUCGGACCUCUCCCACGCCGCGGCUCGCACCGGAGCAGGAGCGCAAACGCGUUUCUCAGUACUCGACAAGGUCGGUCUACUCGCAGGCCUCGGCAAAGUCUGCCCCGGCAGUCCUCAACGACAAUCCUGAUCCCAGGAUACCGGCCGCCCGCCAUGCCCUGACACCGUCGCCCAAUGUCGAGGAUCUCAACGAAGAGUAUCGCAAACUGGUCGGCUCCAACCAGCUGCGCCUCAUGCGCAAUCCCAGCAACCGCUCCAAGCACCGCCGGAACCGCACCAAGGCGAAAAGCUCAUUGAACCCCCGCGACCGCGAGCGCCGGACGCUGUCUCUUCAGAUCCCCACACGCAUUCCCGCCGAUGCGAGCCCAUCGCCGGCCUCAGGCUCGGGCCAUCCUCCGCUGCCGCCCGAGACCAUGCGCGACACCGUCGAGGGAUCAUGGGUCUAUAAGCCCCGGCCGACCAACACCGGUCGCCGCCGGUCCAGCAAAACGGCCGCCGCUCUCGAUAACACUUUCCUCGGAGUGAUGAUCUCGAUGUUUGGCAAGCGGGACCGCGCUCCUGGGGCCCGAGGCAAAACCCAGUCCAAGACGCUCUCCAGAGCCCAGUCCAAAAACCUGAGCAGCUCGCCCGAAGACGACGCCUCGCACUCCUCGGACGAGGACGUCGAGCCACCCAAGCCCGUCGGUCCUUUCUUCAAGACCGAGCAGUACGACGCCGACGACUUCCCUCCCUCGGCCAUCUCGAGCUCGAGCAUGCGGCUCUAUGGCGUGGUCGACACUAACGAAGGCCUCUUCACCAUCGACGACGCUUCGUCGGUCUCGCAGUCGAACCACUCGGAGCCUGCAGAGCAACACGACCACGAGGACGAGCCGGAGCUGCCUGCGUUCAACACCAACCCGCGGCGCCAGUCCGGACACGACAGCCAAAAGGCAGCCUCCCCGUCGCCGACCCUCCAUCGUGCCAGCCAGAUGUCGACCCCGAUCCCACCACUCUCGGGCUUGAGUGCCAUCCUCGGGUUUGGACAGCGACACCGGCCCACCACCCCGGUUACCACACCGCAGUCGUCCCCUCACCCGCAUGGCUCGUAUCUGACAAACACGUUGGGGACCCUGACGACGCCGUUCCUGGGCAGCGGCCCGCAGCAUCACCCGGACGGCGCUGGCUCGGCCGGUCUGCAACCAGGUCCCCCGCGCCGGGCCACCAAGCGCCUCUCCAUGGCCAGCACUCACACCACCAACAAGGGCUUCCUCACCCUUUCCGACAGCUAUAUACCAUCCGAAUACGAUACCCAGCACUAUCCCAUCGAGACCGCUGCUGCCUCGUAUCCGUACCCGUCCUCAGCGUAUGCCGAGAGCCGUCGCAGCGAGGACGACUAUUCGGCUCGCCUGCCCACCUUCAGUCGCAACCCCUCGGCUGCCGGCAGCACAAUCACCCUCAGCACGAUCCACACGGCGAACGGCGUGGCCGGAACCAUCGUCGUUGGCUCAUCGUCCGGGCCCGCUGGAUCCAAGUACCCAGGACACCACCUCGCAAGCCAUCCGCUCCAAAGCAACCGCUCCAGCGUGCACGAGCCGCUCGACGCUCUGUCCCCAAACUUUAAUGUGCCCUCAAAGUUUUACAAGCUCGGGGUCUGUCUCUCGGUCUCGGAUGCAGAGAUUCCCGACGACACCAUCUCCAAACUGGAGACGAUGGUGGGGUUCACUCAGUACAUCAUCACUGCUCGGCUCCUCCGCCCAAACAUCCCAAACUUCCGUAAUCCAGAGGCCUGUGUCUUCACGGUGUACAAGCGCUACAAGGAAUUCCGUGCAUUCUACUACGACCUUAUGAAGGCUCAUAAGAACGCCACCAAGAACUGGCCAGAGUUUCCUCAAAAGACCUUCUUUGACCGAUUCAGCACCAGAACUGUAUCUCAUCGACUACUCGCGUUUUCGGCCAUCGUGGAGUUUAUUUGCCUCCAUCCACAACUGUACAACUCCCCGAUCCUGAUCGACUUCCUGGACAUGUCCCCGGCAUCGAGCAGCAGCGGCAGUGCAUCGAUCAGUCGACGGGAGAGCUUCCGGCAGGUCGCCCAUGGCGGCGGUGGUGUCGUCAUGUAUGAAAACAAGAACUCUUAA